AUGUGGCAAAGCUCCGACGAUCCAACGGAUAAAUUCCUGCGCGGCCAGCACCGCAGACUGCCGGCGUACUUCGUCUCGUCCAUGGCUAACGCGAUGUCCUCGCCAUUCUACUCCUUGGAGCUCGACGACGACAAGAUCGCCGCCUACUUCCACGUCGGGUAUACGAGCUACACCUACUGGGAGCUCUCCGUGGCAGCAAACCGGACGAUGGCAUCAGCAAGGCUCGACGGGUCGGGGCUCAAGAUGCUCGACGCGCGGGGAGUCAUGGUGGCGCAGGUCUCACCGCCGGCUAAGAAGCCGCCUCUUAGUUUCUUGGCGCUCGGCGGCGACGGCAACCUGGAGAUGUACUACUACGACGGCCGCCACCGGAGGUUCAGGUUCUCGUACAAGGCGCUCGGCCUCUGCGAGCUCCCGCUCUCCUGCGGCGUCGGCGACGUGUGCUCAGCCGCCGGGGAAUGCAAGGAGUUCGCCGCGUACGCCGACAGGCCGGCGCGCGCCCCCUGCUACGGGACCGGCGGCGGCGAGGUGUGUAUGGUCCACUUGAGGGCCGUCACCACGGUGCUCCGGACCACGCCGCCGCCGCCGCUGGCCAACGUGACGCUGCGGCAGUGCAUGGCGCGGUGCGCGAGCAACGUCUCGUGCAACGCCGCGCUCUACGUGAAGGGCGCCGCCGCCGCGGCCGACGACCACGGCGGCGUGUGUGCGCACUACACGCUGACGGCGGGCGCCAGGGAGGUGACCGACGGGAGCCGGCACCGGUACAGCUACUGGGUUAAGCUCCCUGCAGCCGCAGCAGGAGGAGGAGAUGACGAAGACGUGCAGGACGACGGCGACAGUUCCACCGGCGUGCUCGGCAAGGUCCUGAUGAUCUGCGGGGCGAUCGACGUGGUGUGCGCCGUUGUGUUUGCGGUGCUCAUAGCCUUGUAUUUUCGGCGGCUUCGUAGGCUCGCGGCCGCGGUGGACAGGGCCGUCGAGCUCCAACAAGGCGAGGCCGAGGGCGCCGGGGAGCAAAAUAGUUUUGAUAGUUACGGGGCUGAACACAACUGA